GCUGACCGAUUGCCUUUGUGCUUCCCCAGGGAGAGCCAGGUGGAGCUUCGGGAGCACAUCGAUAACCUGGCCACAGAGCUGUGCAGGAUCAAUGAAGACCAGAAGGUUGCGCUCGACUUGGACCCAUACGUGAAGAAGCUGCUGAACGCCCGGCGCCGAGUUGUGCUGGUCAACAAUAUCCUGCAGAAUGCACAGGAACGGCUGAGGAGACUCAAUCACAACGUGGCCAAGGAGACUGCCCGCAGGAAGGCCAUCCUGGAGGCAUCAGGCGGCUACCCCCAGGGCUCUCCCAGCAAGUGACGCUGGGGACAGCCUGGCUGGACAGAUGCCCAAUGGAUUCUAGAGCUGGUACUAGGAGUUCAGGUGGGGAGGGGGAGCCGAGAGCACCCAGCCCUGCAGGAACUCAGCUACCAUCUUACCUGCAGAGCUGAAUGUAUGGGCUGAAGUUGCUGUUGGGGG